AGCGGAUCGAAGAAAAGAUGCCAUCGAGUAGGUGAAAUUUUUGGUGGUGAUGUGACCUUGCCCAUCCAUUUAUUUUCAUGGCAUUUUUGUUCUGUUUAUAUCGUUGGUGCAUGCGUUGAUUUCUAGAUCUUCUCUUGUGCCCGAAAAGUGUUUGAUCCAAAGAUCCUAUUGAUCUGGUAAUUCGAUGGCUGGGUUGGUCAGCGCGCGUGCCAAUCCGAUUUACUCAUCCCACAAUCUCCGCCGGUCUCGUCUUCCCCGACCUAUGGCUUCGCGAGCGCUAGAAAUGCCCUAUAAGCAUCCUGCAAUUGCUUUGAGACCUUCAAAAUCUCUUUCCCUUGUGGCCGCCUCGUUGCAGCCUGCGAAGACCAUUUCUGCUGGCCAAUUUAGUAACACAGUACCUACUGAAGAGGUGCUGAAUAUUUGGCGCAGUGCUGGUGCUGUGUGUUUUGAUGUGGAUAGCACCGUUUGUCUGGAUGAGGGUAUCGAUGAGCUUGCCGAUUUUUGCGGUGCUGGCAAAGCUGUUGCGGAAUGGACAACAAAGGCAAUGAGUGGAUCAAUACCUUUUGAGGAAGCUCUAGCUGCUAGACUUUCUCUGUUUAACCCUUCGCUCUCACAAGUCCAAGAUUUUCUGGAUAAGAGGCCUCCUAGGAUUUCUCCUGGCAUUGCUGGGCUGAUCAAGAAGCUGAUGGCUAAAAACAUUGAUGUGUACCUUAUAUCUGGAGGCUUCCGUCAAAUGAUAAAUCCUGUAGCAUUGCAGCUUGGUAUCCCUCUUGAAAACAUCUUUGCAAAUCAGUUACUUUUUGGGAGUUCCGGUGAGUUCAUUGGGUUUGAUGCCAAAGAGCCUACUUCUAGAAGUGGUGGAAAAGCAACAGCUGUACAACAGAUAAGAAAGGUCCAUAAUUACAAGGCACUGGUUAUGAUUGGAGAUGGUGCAACAGAUCUUGAGGCUCGGAAACCAGGUGGUGCAGACUUAUUUAUAUGCUACGCCGGGGCUCAGUUGAGAGAAGCAGUUGCAGUAAAAGCUGACUGGCUUAUCUUUGAUUUUGAAGAACUGAUAACCUCCUUGUAGUAUAUGCUUUGCUGUGUCUCCACCACCUCAUAUUUUGAAGAACAAUUUGUCUUUGAAUUGCAAAUAAACCUCUACUUUCCAUGUUAACCAGUAAUAGCUGAUUUUUAGUA